GGCCCGUUGUCGUCCCGUUUUCGCUCGCGAACUCGUCUCUCCCCCUGCCGUUCGCGGACGUCGCGACGUCGACGUUCCCUCGGUCGGGUCGCUCGCCGGCGGACGGGCCGGGACGAUCCGUCGCCGUCUCACGGGGGCCAUCCCGGCCGCGAAUCGAACGACGACGAUCACUCACCAGUGCGAAGAAAUUCGUGUGGCAGUCCUCCAGGCUGGCGCCGUUGGUUUGAUGCGACGGAUGCGUCAUGGCUUCUCCAUCGUACGCCGCGCACGCAUUAGUCUACACACACACGCGCGCGUCCGGCGAGAGGUCGUGCCUUCGACGUCGAGAGAUCCCGGCGGGGGCGAUCGCACUCGCGAGAAAUCCGCGGCUACGGCGGCGAGCCGCGCUUCAAUCACACGACUCGUGCAUUUAGGAGGGUUUUCACUUCUCAAUGGCGACCGUAAAAUGGCGGCGGGCGGCGAUGGGAAACAACAAGCGCAGCCGCCGGGCGCGCCCUCUAACGCUUACUGCCGCAGUUCCAGUUCCCCUCGACGGCUAUCGCCGCCACCGCCGCCGCUGCUGUUACCGUUGCUAUUGCUUCUAUUGCUGUGGUUGCCGCCACUACCACCACUACUACUAUUAUUGACAACACCGUGUCAGCGGGACGACGACGACGAGUGUGAAGAAGAUGGCGGCGCUCAUCAGGCAUGGCUUGUUCGCCAACGCUCUCAAGAGUACCUCGAUUAUCGUGCGCACCGCCUGUAACAAGGCGAAGGAGUUCCCCCGCACCAGGAAGCUGGUACACGUGCGGGCGAGGAUCAACUCCGUCGGGGCGUCUUUGGGCGCACGCGGAUUUCUGAGGCAACAAAAGUCUUACGAACCGCCCAAAGACGCGUCCGAGAGAUUCGAUAAGCUCUGCGAGAGCCAAGCGAUCUCUUUGGACGACAAUGUGAAAUUAGAAGAUCCCAAUAUGCGUUUUAAACUUUUCGUCGCCUGCGAGGAGGAAUUUCAACAUAACGUGCCAAAUUCGCAGCUUUACACCAUCGAGAAUAUCGGGGACUUGAGACAAUUUUAUCUGACACCGGUUGACUCCGCGACACCGUACGAGGCGUUGGGUAGGAUGAAGUUGCCUGAGAAUCUAUAUGUUCAAAAAGAGUAUCAUCGGUUCCAUCCAGAUACCGACACAAUGUUCAACGGCAAGACCGCCUUCCCGAAGAGCUCGACCAUCGUGACCGGUCUCAAGUACAAGAAGAAAUACCCCGGACACCAGCAAGAGAAUCCAUGGUUGGACGAAAUGUUGAAAAUUUAACAUGCUGAAAGCUUUAACUUUCAUAUGUAUCAUUAAUAAACUAAACGUCGACUAAACCGACAAAACUAGGAA